GGGUUUAAUUUCUAAAAGAGACAAACCCUGAACAAUUAAGACCUAUGCAACCUGUCCUUGGAUCGGGUGUACGUUUGGCCGUUCACGAUGUCUGACUUUGUAACCGUUUUCUGAAGCACAGCAGCAUUGGGAAUAUAGGAUGACAAUUCAACGUCCCAAUUCCUAAUGAUGAUUACCAAUACUGUUUCUCCGUUUUCAAAAAUUGAAACGAAACUUGAAGCAAGACGACACGCAGAAAUCCGCACACUUCGGUACAACUAGUACGGGGACCCAGCUGUUCCCCGAAUACUUUGCGAUUGAGGACACCGAUAGAGAAGCAGCUGUGCUGACCGAAAAGGACUCGGAUUCCAAGGCGGAUUGUUUUGAUUUGAAGCUGAAAAUGAAAACAGUUGUGAUGUUAAUGUAGUGGACCCAGGGAAGAUGACGUCACUCACGUUGUCUGCGUGGACGUUUGUUCUACUGGAGUACUUUGUGUGUGACGGCGAACUGCUCCAGGAAUCUAACCACAGCCUCGCUAUGAUCAGACCACUCUGCUCGGACAGACAAUUCGAAUUCGAAAUAGAAGAAUGGCGGCUCCCCAACAUCCUGUGCGGCUGUUUCCAUGCCGAGAUCAGGUCGAAAAAAGAGGGAUUUCUUAUUCUGGUUCUGCUUAAUCAAGCUUUCUGGAGAAGUGUGGGACUUCUGCACGCCCAUGACGUCAGAUUUAACGUUUAUCUCCAGCUGAACGACACUCUGAUUUCACAGGGGGAAAUACUCUGCAAGAAAAAUGAAACGGAGUGCCAUAAACAAUUUAACAGCAAAGAAAAUGACGUCACGGUCCAAGACAUUCAGGUGUACUUAUCAUGCGAUUCCGAGUUCCCCUUUGCCGCUUCCUCCCCGUGCAUGGACUGCAGUUAUAUACGACUGUAUUAUAAGCCGCCUAUAAUGAAGUUACCUUCCUCCACGCCUCGAAAUGACGUAGCAAUAACCACUACUGACGAUUCGCCACUCUCUCAAGAUGUGCUCUAUGUCAUCAUCACCUUGGUGAUCGUGUUUGUCUGCGUAGUCGUCACGAUUAUUGCGUUCUUCGUUCACCACAGACGCAGAACGACAAUCACGAGAAGAUCAAUGGAAUCCAACAGCACUGAACCACUUGUGUAUGACACACAAAUCUCCCUGUCAAACUCUACAAAGGAAAUAUUGGUCAUAGACAUUGCCCCAGACGAAGAGUGUUCGAAGCAAUUUCGCAAUAUUCUAAAAAAUGUUCCUAGAUUUAAUAUUGUGUGUUACAUUGAUCAUCUGAUAACAGUUCAUAAAAAUAUGUACGAUUGGGCGCACAAGAAGCUCAGAACAUGCGAUGUUAUAGUGGUGGUGUUGACGAAUGAGAUGACGAGUUUGUUCGAAUCAAAUUCACACGAAGUACUGCAGGCGUCACCGUAUGCAGCCAUUGUGAAGUACUUACUGUCGCAAAUGAACCGAGAUAUGUACACAGACAAUGACACAGCGCCCAGGUACAUCAGUGUUCAGUUUCAAGCCGGUGUCGAACUCCCAUCGAGUUUCACAGACCAUCUUGCCAAUAUUUCAUUCAGAAAGAUUUACACGUUACGAAAUCUAUCUUGUCUUCAAGAGGACAACAAUGCCCACUCGCAGUUGAACCGACUUCUGCUGACAAUGGGAGCUGACAAUGAAGAAAUCAAACACUGCAUGCCAGUAUAAAAUUCGGGAUGUUCUGCUUCUUUCUUUUCCAUCGUCUGCUGCUGAAGCCGUAGGUCUCUGAUAAAUCAACACGUUUUGAGACAGAGAAUAAAUACUUGUUACCUAUUGCAACAGUGCCUGGAGAUACUGCAAAACUACGCAAUUUGAAACUGUUUUGAAGAUUUUACGUGAAAAUGCAGAACAAAUGGAAGCGCGGACGAUGCCAAUGAGAUGCGCGCACAGACACGUGUAGACUUGGAUGAAUUUCUUGCCCUAAUUCCAGUAGUGCGCUGUGCAUUUAGAUAAGUGCAUGUAUAGAUAGAAGGUACCAGCCAGCUCUAUACGGUAUUACAGGAAAUUUGAAUCUGUUAAAAAUGAUUUUGAAUAAAAUGGAAAAAGUU